UCUACUCAAUGCCCCUCAGUAGGCCAGAGAUGAUCGCGCGUGCAGGACGUGGAUGCGCACAUCGCGGGAACUGACGGAGGGAAUUCGAGAGUGAACAGGAGACAUGACUACUAGUGUACGAGUGCUAGGGAGGGACUGCUGCGCGUGCCCUGAUCCAACGCUGAAGCGUGGUGUGCGGGUGGGCAUAAGGAAGUGCGGAGUGAGUUUGCGUCUGUCUGCGCCCAGCAAGGAGAAGGAGGUGUGCUGGGGCAGCAAAGGCAAAGCAGACACAGUGCGGGUUGAGCCGCCGCGGAGAAAGGAGCUAUUGGUGAAGCGAUUGAGGUGGAAACGGUGGAGGAAAUGGAGGCCCUGUCAGGGCAAGCCCCUGGCACCAUACAACACAACACAGUUUCUCAUGAGCGAUCAUGGGCUGGAGUACAAAGGCGAGUUCAAACCGAGUGUGAGGUUGCGGAAAAAGGAGCCAAGUGUGAGCCUGGAGGAGGAGGAGGAGGAUGAUGACUCCCUGAAGUCUUCACCUAGUGAUGAUGAGUUCACCAGCAGCUUCAAUGCUGAGUGGCUGAACAAGAUGUCACAGGCAGAGCUUGUACUGGAGUGCACAGAGCUCAACAGGCGCAUUGAACUGAUGGAAGAACAAGUGAGUAAUAUGAGGUGUGGCAAGAUCCCAAUGUCACCCUUGCAGACCAAGAAAAUGAUGUUGAUCAGGAGAGAAAUCCACACAGUGUUGGAGGAGAACAAGCAUUUGUGCCAAGCAUUGGAUCUUCUUUGUCAAGCACAACUACCUGGGUCAUCAGACACCCAAAUUAACUCUGCCAGCAGUGAUUCUGGGAUUGAGACCACCUUUGAAGAAUCUUGUGUAUGGCAUUGAAGAAGACAAAGAAAGGUUCAAACCAAAAAAAAAAAAAAUACACAGUUCUUAUAUGUGAUCCCUGGUUCUGUUAUGUGAGGUUGUUCAAGAGAUGUUGUUGAUUGAAGGAUGCAGUUACUCAUGAAAGUCAAACUUUGCUUGGCAAUUGCUGGUACUCCCAAUAAUAUAAUUGUUUUUGCAUGUGAAGAACAAGAAGUAAAGCAAUAUCAAUCAUUUAGGGCCAUAAAUGUGUUUAUGUGGUAAAUGGCCAUUUAAGUUCAAUACAGUAAAAUAGUGUUAUAACAAAGCAAAAUGGAUUUGUUCCAGUGAAAUUUUUUUCAUCGCGUAACUCAUUGUAAAUUGCACUUAUUGGACAUAGAUCCAAUAAAUUACUUUGUUGUAAGCAAUUACAUCACAGUAUUUGUUAUAUCGAAAUUUUUUGUAAUGAGAUUCAAGAGUAGUUUUUCUCAUACUGCAAAUGAGAUAAUUUCAACAUCUGUGAGAAUCAUUUUGAAUUUUAUAGUUGCCAACAACAUACAGUUUGUCAAACAUGAUUUCCAGAUUUUGUUCAACUAUAUUUAAUGGUGUGAAUUGUUGUUCAGUAUAAUUAUGUUUUUAUCCUUAUUGGUAACAAACAAAUUUUGUGAGGUGAUGCAAAUGUUCCUUGCCUUUCUGCCAAAAGAGUUGUAUGAAGCAACAUGUCUUCCAUGUUUGUAGAAUAAAUAAUGCCAUGGAACCAGUAUUUUGUAGUUUGAUUUUCUGAACAAGAACAAAAUUCUGCAACUGCAAAAAUUAAACUUCAGAUCAAGUCCUUUUUUGAGUUGGAAUGGAGGAUUGCCAAACAAAGUUUGAUUCUUGUAGGACACUGAAAAAUGGAGAACUAGUUUGGGGAGUGGACAAAAAAAGAAUAAACUGAGGGGCAAGAGGAGGAACUGGCUGUGAUUGAAUGUUGCACAACUGGUGAUUUCAACUAUUUUUUGCUUGUGCAGGAAGUUCUUUUUUAUUUUAUGUAAUCUUUGAAAAGAGUCAUCAGCAACUUCUCUCAUUGGCUGUUGCUUUUUCCUUUUGGUUCCCAAUUAUUGCUGCAAAUUAGCUUCUCUUCCAAGGGCUACUGAUUUUGUGUUGGGGAAAACCAUGAAUUAUUUGCUAUGACUGAAA